UGAUGAGCACUUGUCGUUGCUUUUGUUUUGAUUCUGUGAUACAUCGUCUGUGCAUAAAAUUGUAUACGUAAUUAUGGUGCUUAGUAGUUUAAUUAGUUUUAAUUAAUAUAGAAAUUUUAUUAAAAAUAAUAGGCUCUAUGGAACGCGUGAAAUAUUUGUGAGAGUUUGUUAUCUGCAAAAGUUGUUGUAGCUACCCCAGUUGCAAAGCAUUUGCGCGUAAAACUAGCUGAUAUUCUGCUAAUAUAUGUAUAUCAAUAAAGAUAAUUAUGCGAUAAUGAUCCAGUCGGUAUAGGUAAACAAAGCAAACGAUAACGUUAACUAUCAAAAACGCAGGAAAAUAUAAAAAAAAUCAAAAUUUUCGCAACUAAAACUGUUCUUUGACAUAUAUAUUACAUGGCUACGUUAGUACACAACCGUCUACCUACAGUCUACAAUUGCCAAACUUGGUCCAAAUUAAUACACUCAACUGCAGUUUCCAUGCAGAUCAAAAAACACUGCCAGCUAAUAACUGCCAUAAGCAUUCACACUACGCGACAAUCAGAAUCAGCAGCCUAUAUACGAAGCCGGACUUCGUCGCAGGUGCAUACAAUGUUGUUGCCCACUUCCGUGAACCUGUUAUCACCCCCUUUGGCAACAGCUUUGUCGUCAUUGAGAUUAUUAGCGCCGACGCCGUUGUUAUUGUGUAAUAGAAAUUUUAGCACGAGGAAUAAAAAAAUUUGCACAAUUGACAGUUCAUAUCGCGAGCAAAGUAAGAAUUGUUGUUUUAAUUACGUUGUCUCGUCUCAUUCACAUUUGCAACAACCCAUUCAGCUGCUAAGCGCUUGUCAACGAGUGCAAAAGCGAACGCAAACGCGUUUUAUUUCAACUACUAGUAAAUUUUUUAAACAAGAUUCCGGUGGAAAAGUCAUGGAAGUGCCAGAGGGUGUAUUCUGCGGUAGCGUUGAUCGCUUCAACGGUGUACUAGUAGACUCGGCGAAAGAAUACGAUGAAGCCACAGAUUUUGAAAAGAAACUACAAAGUAAGCGCGAAAAAGAAUCUUUAGAUCAUUGGACUUCCAUUAAACGCCGCGCCAUUUGGUUUACAUUGCAGAAGGAACAUGCAGCAUGGGUGCCACAUUUAGCUAAGGCUGGCUUUGUGUUCCAUCAUGUAGACACUACCUCAACCUCUCUUGUGAUGUAUCGCUGGCUGCCAACCGAUGAAGCAGCCAAUAUACCAACAUUUUGCCACACAAUGCUUGGUGUUGGUGGACUUGUCGUCAAUGACAAGGAUGAAGUGUUAGUUGUUAGUGAUCGCUAUGCAUUAAUUGCAAAUAGUUGGAAAUUGCCUGGGGGUUAUGUCGAGCCAGGUGAGGAAAUUGUAACUGCAGCUAUACGCGAGGUGAAGGAGGAAACCGGCAUUGACUGUGAGUUUCGUACUGUUAUAAGUAUACGACAUUCACAUGGCGGCAAUUUCGGUUCUUCUGAUAUGUACGUAGUUGUUGCAUUGAAGCCGCUCAAUCACGAAGUGCGUAAGUGCGAGCGUGAAAUUGCUAGAGCGCAAUGGAUGCCAGUUACGGAGUAUUUGCAACAUCCUGAUGUGCACGAAACAAACCGACACUUUAUGCGCACCUAUUUAGAUUAUAAUAAACGUAAUAUACGUUUUGCAUAUGAGCGCGCCCAACAUCGUGUGCUGAAACGUGAAUACACAUUGUACUAUAUGAAACCGAUUGAAGAGAAAAAUGAAUGCUGAACAAUGUUUCUAUAUAUAAGCACACAAACAAAAAUUUAAUGACAAAAUUUAGUUUGCCUUAAAACUGUAAACCUAAAAAAACUCUUCAAAAGUGUUUUCGAGACAACAGUUUUUGAGGUUAUGUAACGUAUAAUUUUUAAAUAACGCAAAACACAGUUAGAUAAAUAUUCAACAAAGUGGCCUUUCAAAAUAAACUAAAACCAGGGUUAACAAAAAAUAAAAUCAAUACUUACGAGGAAAACUGGUACAAAUAGAUUUAUUGAAAGUUAAC